UGUUCUGAAACCUAUUAGUAUUUGUUAUAGGCAGUAUUUAGUUUUAAUUAAAAAUGUUUUCUUAACACUCUAGUUUAAAAUUCUACCCAGUUUUUCUUCCCUUAGUAAUGAACUUGAACCAAUUUAUUUAAACCUUUUGUUAGUGUGAUUUAAGACCAGCCAAACAUUAUUUGCAUGGGCUUUUAAUAGUAUGAAGCCUUAGAUUUGGGUAAUAUAUUACCAACGAUGUCCACUUACAUAGCUAUAGUGUCAGUAUCUUGGAGGGCUGAGUUCUUGGGAAGGAAAGCUAUGCUCCACUUUUCCGAAGUAAAGUUUGGGAAAAGACACAUUAAUCAUCAGCCAAUCUCUUUGUUUUCUUCUGGAGAGAGGGGUGACCCUGGGGGAGGGGCUGUGUGAGAUAAAGUGGUUAAUUUUGGAAUUUAAUUAUGGAAGCCUUUAUUUUCUGUUACUGUCAUGAUAACCCAAACCAAACCCGUUGUCGUCAAGUCGAUUCCAACCGUAGUGACCCUACAGGACAGAGUAGAACUGCCCCAGAGGAUUUCCCAGGAGCGCCUGAUGGAUUCGAACUGCCGGCCUUUCAGUUAGCAGAUGUGGCUCUUAACCACUAUGUCACCAGAGUUUUGAGAGUUAAUUGUUUAAAAGAAUGAGCUCAGUUGCUUUAGGUCGUAACCAGCCUUUGAAAAAGGAGAAACCAAAAUGGAAAAGCGAUUAUCCUAUGACAGAUGGACAACUGCGCAGCAAGAGGGAUGAAUUUUGGGAUACUGCACCAGCUUUUGAAGGCCGCAAAGAGAUCUGGGAUGCCUUGAAGGCUGCAGCACAUGCUUUUGAGAGUAACGAUCAUGAACUGGCGCAAGCAAUCAUUGACGGUGCAAACAUCACAUUACCACAUGGUGCACUUACAGAAUGCUAUGACGAACUGGGAAACAGAUACCAGCUUCCAGUCUACUGCUUGGCACCACCAAUUAACAUGAUAGAAGAAAAGAGUGACAUAGAGACUCUGGAUAUUCCUGAGCCACCACCCAACUCUGGUUAUGAAUGUCAGCUCCGUUUGCGCCUUUCCACAGGCAAAGACCUCAAACUAGUGGUCCGCAGUACAGACACGGUAUUCCACAUGAAGAGGCGGUUACAUGCAGCAGAAGGAGUAGAACCAAGCAGUCAGCGUUGGUUCUUUUCUGGCAGACCUCUCACUGACAAAAUGAAGUUGGAAGAACUGAAGAUCCCAAAGGACUAUGUUGUACAGGUUAUAGUGAGCCAACCUUUGCAGAACCCAACACCAGUUGAGAACUGAACUAGUCCUGUUGGCUGGUCCUCCAACCCUCUCCUCCCCUACUCCUUUUUACGGUUGUUAAUGUUGUUGUUUCCUACCCUAUGGCGUGAAAUUUAUUUUCACUGCUCUGAAUUCCCUAUGAAUGAAUUUAGUUCUGAGGAAUGACCAGUGAAAAUUUCCAUCUGUGAUGGAGACCAACAAAAAUAAUAAAACACAAAGAGCCAGC